UCCUGCCCUUUUUAUUUUCACCAAAUUUUCAAUUCCCACUAUUACAAAAAUUCCUCUUUCUCUUUCGUAUUCUCUAAAUCCAACUUUUUUCACAAAAUCAAAAUUUGAGUUUGCCAAGGAAAGAAGAAGAAACCAAAGCAAGAAAACAAAGAAAGGCAAAGCAAUGGAGGCAUUAAGAUUAUGGAACCUAACAACGCCACAGCCAUUGAGGCAGCUCUUUCACCUCACAACCUCUACCACCACCACCAACUUCUCUGCUAGGCUUGUUCUUAGGUGCUCCUCUGCCACUACUAGCACGACCGAAGGCCACAACCAUCAAUCUUCAUCUUCAUCUUGUUCUUUGUCUUCUUCCUCUUCCACUUCAGAUAGAGAUGUCAUUCACACCAUUCACUUAAAGAAGUUGAUCUCCCAGCACAAGAAAGAGAAAGGGUUACCUUUGUUAAGAGCACCACUAAAAGAAGGAGGUUCAUCCUUACUUAACCCCUCCAUCCUCUUUCCCCUUCUUGCUGUGUUGGCCAUUGGAGAUGCUGCCUCUUAAAUUUCUUGUUUUCACAUACUAAAAGUUUGUGUGAUGAUUAUAGCAUGAGUUUCUUACAAAUUUUUAUUGUUGUUAGGGUGGCAAUCAAUCAAGUGGCUUUUGAUUAAGGCAUGGAUAACACUUUUUUGGAGGCUGAACAAGUGAUUUGUAUUUAAAGCAUGAAUAGUCAUUUUUUUGGAGGUUGAACUAGUUGUAUAUUGAUGGUUUGAGAUAAUGAAUUUAUGUGGUUGUAUAUAAAUUCAACAAGUUGUAUAUAUAUAUAGUA